GUCACCUUGACUUUAGCCCGAGAGGCCCGCAGACUUCUGACGUGCGCAGCUUUGAAUGCUGGCUGACCCGUGCUGCGCCAGCCUCCAGAAGUGCGGCAGCUCUCGAUAGCAGCGGUAGGAAACGACACAGACAUGAAGGUGACGGACCCUGUUGAGAGUGUUCUGGUGCUCAGCAGCUGAUGUCAUAGCAAAGGUUCUAGAAGCGCUGGUCAUGGGGACAGACCGAAGGCUCUGAUGCUUUUGGGAGAAGGUGACUGAAUUAUUAAGGCAGCAGCAUUGGAAACUCCAGGAGCGGAGAGCAGGCCAAGCGCCAUCCCCGAGCAGACACUGAGGCUCUGCAGACUCUGCAGGGCCACCUCUCCUGCCCAGGAAGGGCUCCUCAUCCCCAGGCCUGCUGUCCGGAGGGCAGGAGCUGUGCCAGAGCCAGGAGGACGAUGCGGGCGCUGGUGCUGCUCUUCCUCCUGGGCUGCCUCGUGGUCCCCUGCGGCCCCCACAUCCUAGGUCGCUGUGAGGUGGCUCGGAGGCUCCAUGAAGGGGGCCUGAACUACUUCGAGGGUUACAGCCUCGCCAACUGGGUGUGCCUGGCUUAUUUCGAGAGCAAGUUCAACCCCUCAGCAGUGUAUGAGAACCGGCGGGACGGCUCCCUGGGCUACGGCCUCUUCCAGAUCCACGACCGCAAGUGGUGUGGGCCAGGCAGGAACCUCUGCAAUGUGGACUGCUCAGCUUUGCUGAAUUCGAAUUUAAAGGACACAAUCAAAUGUGUCAAGAAAAUCGUGCAAGGAAAAAAAGGGCUGGGAGCAUGGCUCAGCUGGUCCCUGCACUGCCAUUACGCCGACACCCUGCCACGGUGGCUGGACGGCUGCAAGCUGUAGCUGCUGACACCUCGCGCUUUGUCCGACAUGUCCAGGACUCGGGUGGGCUGUGCUCACCGCUGCACUCAGGCCUGCUGCCAGCCGCCACCCGAUGGCUCCCGGAGGGGACCCACAGAUGCGGCUUCUCCAGAGGUGCGGGGUGCAGAAUA